AUGUUCUACUCCCAUCAGCUUCUAGCGAGGAAAGCUCCUCUCGGCCAAAUCUGGAUGGCGGCGACGAUGCACGCUAAGAUCAAUCGGAGGAAGCUCGACCAGCUGGACAUCAUCAAAAUCUGUGAGGAGAUCCUGAAUCCCUCCGUUCCGAUGGCCCUUCGGCUUUCUGGAAUCCUCAUGGGCGGUGUGGUGAUCGUCUACGAGAGGAAGGUUAAGCUUCUCUACGACGACGUCACACGUUUUCUGGUAAUUUUGAAAGCUCCAGAAUCAAACGAGGCAUGGAAGGUUAAAGCAGUCAGUGAUUCCACCGUACUUCCCAAAGGAAAGCCCAGGCCAAGUACCAUAUUCGAAGCCGUUACGCUUCCGGACAACGUCGACAUGGAAGUGGAGCAACCCAUGCACUUCCGGGACGCGUCCUUCCCCGCCGCGAGAUUCCAGCACAUGAUUGACGACCUGGAUGAAUUCUACGUCAACAUCGACAUCCGAGACGAGGACGACGCUUCCCACCAUCACCAAGGUUCCCUGCCAAAUAUUACCCUGUUUGACGAUCUCUGGUCAGACGUCGCCGAGACCGAUCUCUACAACCGAUUCGAGAGGUUUGAUAUAGGAGGAGACGAUGAUACCCAAACAAAUUCACAACCUCAGGAGCAACCACAAGUCCCGGGCACUCUGGUGCCCUCGCCCCCGCCACGAGAUGAGCAGCCACGAGCCCCGGAAGGUGGAAUCAUGGACCCUCAGAUGGAAGAACGGGAGGAGCAGCGCAGGCAACAGCCACCAAAAAGGAAGGCACGUAGAAAUCUCACCCAAGUGAUCAUGGACAAUGAGCAACUCAUGAUCCCAGGAAGCAUCUACCAGACAUGGCUCCAUAACUCUUUCCAACAUUGUAUCAAAAAGAGGAAGAAAAUCAAGUCCUUUAAUCCUAUACUCUCUACAAAAAUAAGCAACCUCAUGAUGGACUUGCCACCGGUGGCUCUGAUUUCUGGUCUAGAAAAGUUUCCAGCUGAGAUAUAUUACCCUGCCCCGCUUCUUGAACUCUGGAGGAAGUGCACCCAGCCAAAGCUUGAUAGUACUUCAUCUCCAGGAGGAACGCCGCCGCAGGCACAACAGCCACAAAGACAAUCAUCGCCCCCUGGAUUCUAUCCUCAGGAUGUUCCUCAAUUUCCUCAAGAGGAAUUCCAGAGGGUAAUAGGCUCAGACCCACUGGAUAUCUCAAUAGAGAAGCUCAGAGCAAACCUAGAGAACAUGGACUUCCAAGGAGUUGAUGAUGCAGCGUCCAGCGACCAUUUUGUCCACUCCAGGAAGCCCUGGGCUAAAAGAAGGCAGCACUCGUCAUCAAGAACUACUCUGGGGAGCCUUGAUCCGGUUGAAGAGGAGCUCCCGCUGCAGCAAGAAGUGAGAGACUCCAAGCUGAGAAGAUUGUCCGGGAAUGGACCCACCCCUGAUUUUGAAUUAUUGGAGGAAACAGGGCCCACUCAAACCCCACAUCCCGUGUCGUCCGGUCCCUCUGGUGACAAGAUCACUCAAUCAAUUCGCACGCAACUCAAGCUGCAUUUUGACACGCCAGGCGCGGCACAAUCUGAAUCACUUGACCAGCUUGCUUUUGGGAUGAAUCGGAAAAGAGCUGCUCAACUCUUCUAUCAAACAUGCGUUCUGGCGACGUGCGAUUUCAUCAAGGUCCAACAGGUGGCGCCAUAUGGCGACAUUUUAAUAUCAAAAGGACCCAAGAUGUAAGUUCUUCAAAACAGAGGAUGAAGAUGACAUUCCUGGACGGAGACGAGCUUACCUAGUCCUUCUCACAAAGAGAUACCGCUGUUCUCACGUCAGUUCCAGGAUUAAUUAGUUCUCUCUUUCACAACGCAUGAUAUAGAACAUCAUGAAGUAAGAAAAGAGGUGAGAUCCAAAGUUCUCACCUCUUAUAAUAUGAUUUCUGGAAGGAAAAUCCAUGUUUCUGUGUAUUGAAAAUAGUUCAUAGCUUGGUAGUAAGCUUAGUACAACUUUGCAAAUGUAAAGAAAUGUUAUAUAAUUAGAACAAAAAUAUUUCUCCCAACAGUUCUCCAAAUGUUCUGUAGCUUCAUGCAUAUCAGUAUGUAAAUUAUGCCUGUCAUAAUUGGACUCUAGCUAGAUUCCAUACCGAGUGCAAGAAUGAUUAGAAUGCCCCAGCCGCACGCAAGCUCUGCCAUGGUCAAAUGCAGAGUCCAGACACGCCAUCUUACAAAGUGAUACCAGUGGGUAGCCUUCACAAUUAACUCAGACAUGGUAUAAGACUGCUGAGUUGAAGAGAACAGAAUAUUUAAAUCAUUUCUGGUCAGCUAUGGUCCCUGCUAGUUUAAUUAUAAAAUCGGAAGCGUCAAACAAAAUGAACUGUGUGUUAUGCACAGGCAGAGAUUCUGUAGAUGGGAACUGGGGAGUCUUGCAACAGUGCCCCUCAUUUCUUGUUUUAAUUUAUGAAGUGUAAAAAAUUUCUUGUUUCUACACUUUUCUUUAUUAUUAAUAAUAUUUUUUAUUGGGCUACAGAAUGGGUUAAACCCUCUCCAAAUAAGUCAGUCCCUACAUCU